AUGGUUGAAAAACCACUAGAACAUUGCCUUCCAAGAACAACCAUUCCAACGCUGCCUAAGCGAAACAUCAACCCAAUAUUCAAACAUGUCAAGAGCCGGUACCUGGAGAAAAGUAGAGUGCAACAGGAACACGAUAAAACGAAAAAAUGUGAUCUAUUGAAAAGUAAAAGAGUAAAACCGCCCCUGUCAUUAGAAUCGUUCAGUGACGAGAUGAACACUGAUCGCAACAAAUUUAUUACACUGGCUGAUAAGUGUUUCAUUGAUCAGUUGGAGAACAAUUUCCAUUCAGAAUAUACAAACUUCAUACUGAAUAUGGACAACAGACGACAAAUCCAACAUCAUACGUACAAAUGUGGUCCAUCGAUCCUAUCAGAACCAGAUCUGUUGUUAACCAUUCAUGAUUUGCUGAAAGUAAGUGAAUCGCCGAUAGACAUGUUACAUGCUGUAUUUAUGGUCUGUCAGUAUGAGAAAUCUAACACAACAGAAUGGUUUGACCCACCGGAGUACAAAUGGUUAUGGAUGGCCGAAGCCAUUAUGAUUACUGCUCUUAUGUUGAACAAUCGCACACGUGACGGUGAUGGUGGCAAAGAUGAUAGGCCGGAAUCUGCGGUGUUCUGGUACGCGGCAGGUGUAUUUUACGGCAGCAACAGAUGUACGGAGGAUGCCAUGCAUUACCUAAAGAAGGCACGAACCGUUGCUGACGGCCCAAACAGACUGAUAUUUCCAUUAGUAACGCCAGACCUACACCACUCAAUGGGAGUUGAUCAAUAUGAAGGGUUUCUCAAAGAGCCAUACAGCGUGUGGACACUGGCCUGUAUGUUCCAAAAGCAUCUACUGAGACAAAUCGCUAUCCAUCAAAAGCCGCAGAAGGCACUGCUUACGUUACAGAACGCUUACAAACUGCUUGAAGCGUCAGGUGAACCGGAAAAUAUUCCACGGAUGCUAAAAGCAGAAAUACAGUUCGAGCUGGGCCUCAAGUACAAAGCAGUCGGUUCAACCAAGCUCUCAGUAAAUGCUUUCAGUGAAUGCGCCAGAUCUGCAGAAAAUAUUCAUCAUGAAUUAGAUUUAGAGGCGAAGAUUAUGGUAGCAGAAAUGGAUCCUAACCCACCAGAAAACUGGUCUUUACUGGAAUUAAAAGAAGAAGCGAAAAAAAGACUGAAUAUUCGACUGCUCGUCAAAACGAUUGUGGCGCAAGGGAUGGAAGCCAAGAAAAAUGAACGAUUUGAAGAGGGUUUCCAUCACUUUGCAGUGGUCGAAUGGUUGACCAGGAAGACGAGGAAGCAAAAUGCUGAUGCUCUAGAUAUAGAAAUAGCUUUAUUUAACAUGGCCAUUUGUCGGGCGGAAAGGCUGUUUCAAAUGUUUCCAAUAUCGAAGAAAUUUGAACCAAGAUACCUGGUCAACGAAUUUAACCAGUGGACAGAUCCCAAGGAAAAAAAUCUGUACUGUGAAGCUAAAAAGGAAGCUCAGGCAUGGAAUAGUUUAUUUAAAGAAAAACUCGACGACUCAGGCGAUGACGUGGAGAUUUGCGAUGACGACAAAUUGUUUUUGGGCGAAGAUGCGCAGUUUUCGAACGGUGGCCACCAACUUUCGGUCGACGAAGGCGACCCGCUUUCGAACCACAAUGGGCAGCUUUUGAAUAUCGAAAAGCAUUUUUCGGUCAAUUUCUCAAUCAAUCGAAGUAAUGACAUAUAG